CACCGCCGACGGAUGCUCCUAGAUGCAAACGCACAUGAGCUGCUGUCCGUGAAGGCUGGGCGGGGCACCGAAUGCAGGAUUCGCGGAUGCUUUCGGACAAAACAUCGGUUGUCACUGGCGCGUCCCACCCCCACCCGGCAGGCAGCCAGCCAGCCUACGAGUUGCACGUGACAGAGGCGCGUCUGGAUCCCCGCCUGCAUCUCACUGCCCUGCUCCCUUCCCCCCGCCGCCUCAAUCAAUCCGAGUGCAGCGGCCGAUAGAACAGCAUCGAUCACGCGCUCUUCCAGGUAGUGAGCGCGAGCGCUUCUCUCCCCGCCCCCCCCCCCCAUAUCUCACGCGGCGAGGGUCGAGAACCUUCCAGCAGGUGGUGUGGGGGGAGCCGACUCCCGGGCUCCUUAUGUCCCGCAACGGCAGUGACGCCGAGUACAGCCUCAGGGACCUGAAGGGGGAGCGGUGGAUCAGGCCGGACGGACAACGCGAGACGCUCGGCGAGCGGACUCUGAUCAAAGUGGCCAGCGGCGGUAACAACAACAACAACAACCGCCACCACCAUCAGCAAUUGACGGCCAUGGCAACCGCCGCCGAGGGAAAUCUGGAGCGCGCCGCCCGGAGGCACUUGCAAGGAGGCGGCAGCAGGAAUAUCAACAAUCCCCGCUUCGUCUACAUCCUGGCUACGUUCGCAGCCCUGGGUGGCUUCUUGUUCGGCUACGACACCGGCGUCGUUUCGGGCGCCCUGCUAUUGCUCAAAAAGGAGUUCGCCCUCAACGAGCUGUGGCAGGAGCUGGUGGUGUCGGCCACGGUGGGAGCCGCGGCCAUUUCGGCGCUAGCCGGAGGCCUCCUCAACGGUUACUGGGGACGGAAACCCUGCAUACUGCUGGCCAGCUCCCUCUUCACGUUGGGGGCGGUAGUGAUGACGGCUGGGAGCGACCGUAACGCGUUGUUGGCCGGACGCGUCGUAGUCGGAUUAGGCAUCGGACUGGCUUCCAUGACUGUGACGGUAUACAUUGCAGAGGCUGCACCUUCCCAUCUCAGAGGACGAUUAGUUACUGUCAAUACCCUUUUCAUUACUGGAGGACAAUUUUUUGCAAGUGUCAUUGAUGGAGCAUUUAGCUACCUUGAAACAGAUGGCUGGAGAUACAUGCUUGGUCUUUCAGCUGUUCCUGCUGUUGUCCAGUUCGUGGGAUUCCUUUUCCUUCCAGAAAGUCCACGGUGGUUGGUGCAAAAAGGAAAAACUCAGAAAGCUCGCAGAGUCUUAAGUCAGAUUCGUGGAACUCAAAAUAUUGAUGAAGAGUAUGAGUGCAUCAAAAAUAGCAUUGAGGAGGAGGAAAGAGAAACAGUAGGAGGUGGUACCGUUUUGUGGAAGAUGAUAACCUACCCCCCAACUCGUAGAGCACUGAUAGUUGGAUGUGGAUUGCAACUCAUUCAGCAACUUUCUGGCAUCAACACAGUCAUGUACUACAGUGCUACAAUAUUACAGAUGUCCGGAGUUCAAGAUGACACAUUAGCAAUCUGGUUGGCUGCUGUCACAGCAUUCACAAACUUCAUUUUUACAUUGGUUGGAGUUUGGUUGGUUGAGAAAGUAGGACGCAGGAAGCUCACGCUGGGCAGUCUCUCAGGAACAGCAUUGAGCCUUGUGAUUCUAGCAAUUGGCUUUUUGUUAUCAGCCCGGGCUUCUCCACCAAUAACUCUCUAUCCUAGAGACCCUUCAGCCCUUAACAGCAGCUGUGCUCAAUACAAAUCUUGUAAUAAUUGUAUGUUGGACCCAACCUGUGGCUUCUGUUUCAAAAUGGAAAGUCCAAAUGUUACCGAGUCAUCAUGUGUUCCUGUAAGCAACAGAUCUGAGGGAAUGGCUGCCUGGGGCAGAUGCAGCAAUGCUUCAGAAUUUGAGAAAGAAGGCUUAUCUUGGGCUUACAACUUCUGCCCUACAGUAUAUUCUUGGACUGCGUUACUAGGUCUUAUCCUAUACCUUGUCUUUUUCGCUCCAGGAAUGGGUUCAAUGCCUUGGACAGUGAAUUCUGAAAUAUAUCCAAUGUGGGCACGAAGUACAGGAAACGCCUGUUCUUCUGGAGUCAACUGGAUUUUCAAUGUUCUUGUGUCAGUAUCAUUUUUGCACUUGGCAGAACAUCUUACAUAUUAUGGUGCUUUCUUCUUGUAUUCUGGACUAACCACCUUGGGGUUGUUUUUCGUCUAUGGGUGCCUUCCAGAAACUAAAGGAUUAAAGUUGGAAGAAAUUGAGAGUUUGUUUGAGAACAGGCUUUGCACAUGUGGCCUUUUGGACUCUGAUGAAGGUCGGCACAUUGAAUAUAUUCGAGUGAAAGGAAGCAAUUAUCAUCUUUCUGAUAAUGAUGCUUCUGAUAUAGAAUGAUAUUCUGCUGUGUCUUUUAUUAUUCUUCUUACGAAUCUGGGAAUAUUGGUGUCCAUCUACCCUGUUUCUGGCUUGGUGUAUGAUUCUGUAGUUAGAUGCUCUUUCUGUUCUUAAAACAUUCUAUACUUUCAAAUUUUCAAACUCUAGUGGGUCUUUGUAAACCAUUGUACUUUUGUUUUAUAGCUUCUAGUCCACUUUGUCAAAGAACUGAAAAUGAAGAUGACAUUGUGUGGUACACAGGUGGGCAAACAAACACAAUCUGAACUUUACUGAUAACAGCACUUUGCUGUUGACAUUAGGUUCUGUGUCGAUCAUUAUGCUGAAGAUAAAAGAUGCAGUGUAAAAUUGUUUAGAACAUCCUGGUAUAAUGUUUUAGUCUCCAAAUGUUACUCAAAUAUAACCUUUUUAAGUAAGGUAAUUAUAUUAGCUUUGACACUGUUCUGGUACGUAGCAAGGUUAAUUGCAGUAGCCUGAUUAUCCUGCAUAUUCUUUGAACAAUAUUUUGUGAUGCAUAGGAUGUUUAUAGUUCUCUCCCUUUUGGUGAAAAUGGAUCUUAUCUAGGUCUUCAAAGAAGUUGAGGAAUUUUCUCAAGCAAGAGAAUGAUCAAGUUUGUCAUCUUUGUCCAUUCUCAUACAUCUAACACUCAAAUGCAGAGUGAAGUUGGCAAGAAAGGUCCUUGUCUAGCAUCUUGGUAAUGAAUAUCGUGUAAACCUAAGUUAAUGUAGAAUAAACAUUUAGCUUUGACAGAAGCAGGGGGUUAACAAUUUAAAAGUUUACCUAUUAAUUGUGAACCAAAAAAAGGCAUUUCCAGUGCCAAAGACCACUGACAUAUAGUUCUUUGUGAUUCAUAAGUGGAAAACCCAUUUUAACAUAAUUUAUGUACAUUUCUGUCGAAGUGGUUUUUCAGCUUUCUCUCAAUUUAGUAAAAUACAUUUCACCACAAUUGUCUUAUAUGUAUCUUGCAACCAUAGAACUGAACUCAUCUAUUAAAUUACAAAGUAGAUAUAUAAUGCUUUUGAGAUUUUAUUUGGAUCCUUUCCAGUGAAACGUAUUAGUGGUGCCCAGAUGCAUGAUUACAAAAUCCUUUAUUUUCUUAAGAUCUCAUGUUUAUCUGGAAAUACAUGGUUUUAGCAUGCAAUUUGCACUGGUGAUGGUGUUGACAGUUGGCAUAUCUAACAGGAUAGCACAUGUGGCCUUUUAAUGUUCUAACAGAGCCAACAAUCAUGUAAUGGUGAUGGUGCUUGUGAGGGUUUGUAGUUCAGAUUGGAGCAGAUUUUAAUUGUAACAGUUCAAGUGUUUGCCAAUAAUUAAUGGGGACUAGAGCAUGCAAAAUAGUAUUCAUUGGAACAGUGUAUUCAUUUUCAUUUGUCAUUUUCUACAACCUGCUUUCUGUGAUCUGAUUCAUGUUUUGUUGGAAAUGGAGGCCAGCCAUCUAACUUAGCCUUUGACCAAAAAGUGGCUUGCUUAAGGUCAGAACUUUGGGCAUUACGUCAUCCAUUUUUCUUUUGUUGCACAAGAUGCAAACUUACAAACAAUUGUGAAAAACAGCCUGCCUUAAUUGAGAACAUUGCAGUUACUACGUUGAUUUACCUUCAAAGGUAGGUAUUUUUUAAAGUAUGGAAUCAGUAAAAUCAGUGUCAAAAUAUUGUGCAAUAAUUGGUUAGCUUUCUUCAGUGAGAACCAAGUACAACCAUCUUGAUGAUUGGACUCCUUUUGGGCUUUCCAAUAGAUGCACUUGUGUUAUUUGGCACCAUUUUGUUAAACACAGUGCAGAAAAUAUACUCAUUAAAUUGAUUUAAUAUCAGUUCAGAUUUGAUGAAGGACCCAGUAAUAAGUUAGUGAUGUGCAACAACAACAUAUUCUUGCUUCAUUUGGCAAGGUGUUACUUAAAAAUAUACUUUACAGCAUUGUAUGUAAGGAACCAAGCUUACCAAAAAAUCAUUCCAAUUAGAUUUUUUGGUAGCAUUUUAUUAAUUUUAUAUAGUUUGUUUUAUAUUGUGUAUUCACUUUAAUGAGGUAGAACCAGACGAUAAUGUAUCCCAGAGUUCAGUCAUUGUUUAAAGGAAAAUCUUCAAAAGCAUUAAAAUAACACAGUUCAAACAGGAACUGAUGUGUGUUCUACAUAAUAUCCUCACUGUUGUACCAAUUUUUUUCAGCUUAUAGAUAUAUGGUAUGUUUAAAAAUAUACAGUUUACUUCUAAAAAUAAGGAAUUGUAGGGUGAUACUACAAUUGAAGUGUAAUUGGCUUACUAAGAUAGAAUUGUACUUGGAAUCCCAGACUAAUUUACUAGUUUGCCCAGUUAUUCAUAUGCCAUGAUUUGGUGCAUGUUAUCAUGAAAUUAGCUGUCUCAGUUCAGUACCCCUAAAAGGAUAAUUUUUUUACAAAUUUAUAUUGGUGAAGAAUGACAUAGGCACUCUUGAGGUUAAUAUUUAUUACUACAGUAUCAGGGAAAGAAUUAUUCUGCAGUUAUGUUUCCAAUAUUCAGAGUGCCUAACUUGCUCAAAAUUAAAUAAUCCUUACUUUCUAUCCUUCCAUGUUCAUGGCAGCAACCUGUAUAUGCACAACAUUGCCUGCUCACUUAAGAAAUCUAAAGGAAUACAUUAGCUACGUUUUUCCAUAAAGAUAAACUAAGUUUGCCUACAAUGUUAAUAGGGAAUAAUCUGACUAUGUUACAAAAGUGUAUCAAUUUUUAAUGUUUUCCACUUGAAUAUUCUAAAAUUUGGCCCAAGGAAACGUGAAUACUGUGUUCAUAUAUCAUGAGCAUCUCUUGCGUUUCAACUGUCCAUCCGGUACAUGAUAUAGUCAAAAUGUAUGAAUGCUUCUAUGUUGUACCAGUAUAUUCAUAGGUAAUUAGAUUGGUUUAAUUGCUUUGGUGAUGUAAUGUUGGUACCAGAAAGACCAUUAAAAAAUUAUUAAAUUAAAAGUUAAAGUUGCACAUAUUUUUCAUAGAAGUAUAUGUGGAUCUGUAGCAAAUCUGUACUUGAUUUAUUUUAAAAAUAUUGUUAUUUUAAUGCACUAAGAAAUGGCAUACCUCUCUGAAUUAUGAAUUUUUUUCAGCAUUGCAUUGCAAUGAAGGCAUUGUAAUACUUAGAUAGUUGAUAUAAAUGAGCAUCUGAUGGGACAUUUACUGGAUGAUGGAAGCGCAACAAUAAGUUUUUUGAAGAGAUUUUGUCGUUGAUUGAAUAUAAUGGGAUUGCCAAGGUAAUCAUUCUUGUGAUCAAAGAAUUGAAUUCCAAAGCUUUAUGAAAAGAAAACAAUUAAAAAUAUAUAAUAAAUGCAUCAAUAAAUAAUAUUUACUAAGUUUGCAAUGCAGGCAUUUCUAAUCACUUGUACAGCACUGUUUAAUGCUUUCAGAUGGUGCUAAAAUGAAACGGACCAAUAAUCUGAGUCAAUUAAUUCUCUUGCUAAUUAUUCAACAUGCUUUUAACAUUGUUUAAAAUAUCAAAAAUUGACCUGAACCAAGAAAUUAAAACUGAAUUUGCAAUCCAUAGCAUUCAACUUAUCAAACACACAAAAAAAUUGUAAUUUUGUGAAAUACAGAUAAGAUGAGGAACAUAUCACUAUUGGAUGUACUAUUCAACUAUCUUGGCAAUUCUGAAAAGUGUUCAGUUUUUAAUAGGUAUUGGGGAUAUCUAUCUUUAGAGAGAACAUAAAUAAAACUUUAUUAUAAUUAGAAAUAUUUGUAAAAAUUAGUGUUGUAAAAUUAGAGCUAUAUUUGUUACUUCAUGUUAUUGUACAUGUUUUAAUAGGUAUACUUUCUAUUAAAUUAUAUGGAUCGAGUUAAUGGAUUCUGUUGAUUCAUAAAUGAACUGUAAAAGGAGAAAAUAAAUAUUAACUGAUUACC